AUGUCAAUGCAGACGUACCGCGCCGCUUCUCAACCAACUGCUAAGCUGGGUAUGGAGUUCAUGGCUGGCGCUCGGCCAGACUCCAACUGCGAACAGCCCAAGCCCAACGGUUCUCCGUCAGACGUUAAGACGAGGGUAAUCGGAUACUGGGAGACUUGGAACAUGCAGAAGCCCUGCGGUACCAUGGGUCCUGGGGAAAUCCCAGUCCACCUCCUCACACACCUAUUUGUCUCCUUUGGUUACAUUAACGACGCGUUUCAAGUCACCAACAUGGACGGCAUCGACCCCGGCUUGUACAAGUCCAUUGGAAACGUCAAGGCCAGGAACCCGAGCCUCAAGAUCGUCAUCGCCCUUGGAGGUUGGACUUUCAGUGACCCAGGCCCGUGGCAGAAAGUGUUCCCUACUUUGGCUUCGACGAAAGAAAACCGCGCUAUCUUCAUCCAGAACUUGAUUGGGUUCUUGUCUGAGUACGGCUAUGAUGGAGUUGAUUGGGAGUACCCUGGUGCCGACGAUCGAGGUGGUUCAGAAGGAGACGGCGAGAACUACACAGCGCUUCUUUCAGAACUUCGCGACGCCAUCAACGCAAGCGGCAAAAACUACAUCGUCACAUUCACAGCACCGUCUUCGUACUGGUAUCUUCGUCACUUCGACCUCAAGGGGAUGGAAGCCCAAGUUGACUGGAUUAACCUUAUGUCUUACGAUCUCCACGGCGUAUGGGACAGUAGCAACCCCAUCGGCAACCAAGUGCUUUCGCACACUAACCUGACUGAGAUUGGCCACGCCCUGGACCUGUUUUGGCGAGUUGGCGUCGAGCCUUCGAGCGUUGUCCUCGGCUUGGGCUUCUACGGCCGCUCUUUCGAGCUCGAAUCUGCCUCCUGCUGGAAGCCCGGAUGCGCAUUCAAGGGACCAGGUAGUCCAGGAAAAUGCUCAAACACUGCUGGCAUUCUUUCGUAUAGCGAAAUCAUGGAGAUACUCGACAAUACCGGGGCAACGGCUUACCAUGAUGAGGCUGCCGCUUCCAAGUACCUUGUAUAUGCGGAAAACAGCUGGAUUUCCUUUGACGAUGUCACAACUUUUCAAGCGAAGAUUGACUACGCAAACAACAUAGGGCUUGCCGGUAUCAUGAUUUGGGCGAUUGAUCUCGACACGGGAAAGCUCGACGCUCUCAAGGCCAUAUCUAGUGGAACCAAGAUUGGCGGCACCAACGCCCGUUUCUCAAUGGUCGACCUCGAUAGGCUGUUUCCCGCCGAUAUGCUGCCUUCUGACGAGGAUCAGAUGAGCUAUGGGCUGGUAAACUUGGGGGCCGAAGCUAACGCGGGAGAGAUCGAUCCAGACAAGACUGGGUUUGGCUUCAUGCUCAUCACAGGAGAUUCUUAUGCCGUGGCUUCAAUGAAGAAGCGGCACGAUAAUCCUCACCCCCUCGUUUUUCUCGACUGUCCGGAUAAGCCUAAUGAGCAAGAUGGCGAAAAGCCCCAAAAGGCAAGAGUUGCCUGCUUCAGUGACGACAUCAAAGGCUGUUUCCAACUCAUGGAGCGGGGAGUCGAGGGAACCAUCAUUGAGAUGCCCGACAACUGUGCAGCCGGUUCUUUUGCCAGAGCUAUCAAUGUUGAGGUGGCAGCAGACCAGAGCAUACCCGUUGGGUUCUCAAACAGAGACGUCACAUCUGACGUCUUCACUUUGACCUUCGAUUUUGACCUCACACUGGCCCGUAGAGACACCAGCAACACCAUGAUCAGAGUCGACUACUCGAAUAUUCGAGGAUACUGGAACGCCGCUGUGGACUCUCCAGGGAUCGAAGGAGGCGUUUCCAAGAGAUUCCACGCUCCCACAGCAGCGCAAUGGCGAGAAAUGUUCACCAACAAAGUUGGAACGGAGAUGUUUGUAGAUGCUUUCGAGAUCAAGGAGGAGGUUAGUGAGCCCCUCUUUUGGGAUUCAGCCGAUAGCUGCCUCGUGGGCGGUAAGGAAUACGAUCAAGGCCUGGCAGCUCACGUUGGGGGCACCCUUGAUGCACGGUUCUACUACGGAUAUUCCAUGGUUGCAAAAUUAGGGGAUAGAGAACUCGAAGUGACCCAGGCAAGCGGCUUCCUCUCUGUCAGGGGCAGUACGGACUUGACAUUCACCGUUGGCGGUGUCGGAGAGGUUCGUCUCGAGAAGACCAACAAAGGCAAUCCAGCCAUGACCAACGGGAAAACAACCAGGCACAGAGAGACGUCAGUCGACGCGGGUGAUGGUGGCACGAACAUUGACCUGUCCCCAUACUAUACGAUCAAUUACUCCGUUGGAGCUUUCAACGACACUGAUGGUGGAAGCGCUAGUCCCAGCGGCCCCUACUUUGAUGGCAAACUCAGCACCCGUAUCAUAUCCGACUUUGGAGACUUCAAUGCCUAUUUCCCCACGACCAAGGAAGACAAACUGAGAGUCAAAGACGAAGACCGGCUGAAGAACAGAAUCUCCAUCCCUGACGACAACGUACUUCAUGGCACCGCCGGCAAUGGCGGCAGGAUAAGCAUGGGCGCUUUUCUCAAGUUUGGCAUGAAGAUCAAGUUUUGGUUCUUGCAACGUGGUCCCGGCAGGGUGUUCGAGAUGGAUCUUCCGGAGAUGACUGUGAACUAUGGCACGAUGACAGAGUUCACCUUCAUUCCCGGUGGCGAUGCAACUUCUUGCACGGACUACGACAUCGCCACAAAUAUUGACAGAGCCUCCCCUCUCAAUAGACAAAGCGUCGGAUGGAGCUCGACUGGAACUAUAACAGAGCUUGCUUUUGACAGACAAUCACCAGCAGACGGGAAAGUGUGCUAUCCCAACGCCUCUCCGGCUGCAGGCGUGAUGCCAGGAUGGGGCUAUAACGCAGAUGCGAACGUCGACCCGACCAAGUUCGUCGGCUCAGACUACGGCAACGAUUUUAGCAGCAAAUCAAGACUUCAGUGCAGCAACUGCCUGAGCUGUGGUGUUGCGGGCAGCGAAAAUCCUGGCAAGUGUUGCGGCUGCGCGAAUCUCAACAUCCUCUACCCCAACAACGAAGAUAUGCCGGACUGCGACUGGUGCGUCAAGCCAGACGGGAAAUGGCCUGGUUCUCGGAUUCCAACCAAAAGGGACAUAUCUUACAACGCCACAGACAUCAUUGAUGACGAGACGGAAGACGACGAAGAAAACGAGGAGAGUCUCAACCUUUUCGAUAAGCGAAUUCCUGGAAUCGCGACACCAGCCCCGAAGCGUGUGACGAUAUGCGGCAAAAAGGCUCCCACCUUUAAAGGUUCAAGAUAUCCUGCCUUCCCUGCCGACGCGACUUAUCCUUGGGAAGGAAUCGAAGGCGGAGCUUAUGAUCCAAUUUCGAGGUACUGGGGGAACGGAUCUGGUGUCUGUUCAGACUGGUCCGUUAAGCAGCUGUCGCAGGCCGACACAGAGUACAUCGAUGGGUCAGGCAUACCAGCCAGGUCACCGUACGAUACCGAGCACGUUUUUGAAGGCCAAUUGAUGGGCGACUUCUUCACCAGUUGGUUGGGCAAGGGUACCGUCCUUGGCCAGGUCCCCGCUGUGUCCAACCCAACACCUAAAAUGAGCUGCCAAUUUACGAUGGCGUAUAUUAUGGACGAAAAUAUGUAUCCAGUCACGGUACAAGGAGAGGAAAGGCCGUUCUUCUUCCUGCUGUUAGACGAAUUGGGAAGUUUCGACCGCCUAGACCGCUUGACGAUCACGCAAGCAAGACCAAACCAAAAGAAAGGCAGAUUUCUUGGUGGUAAGCAGCCUAAUUUGAUGUCAAAGUACAAAAGGAUGAGCUCUGAAGUCCAACUCCAAGAAACAAAAGAAAUGGGACUUGUGUUUGAGUAUGUCAACAACAUUGCAGUGUGGCAGAAGUUCUGCGCCACGUAUGAUGGCGUCUACAGGUUGCUAGGUGACUUCGACACGUGGUAUUUUCUGAACGGCCAGGGGGUGACAAUACCGAACCUCCAAAGCGAAUGGAAAUCCUUCAUUCAGACCGUCCUGAGUUCGAUGGUGCUCCGAUCUAGGGCCACGUACGAAUUGCAGCGAGCAGAAGCUCUCUCCAAGUUCCUAGGUUUAAAGGAGACUAACUUGAUAUGA